UAAAACUCAGCUGAGCAGUAGUCAGCUAUUGAGAUCAGAAAUGGCAUCAAUUAAUCAACAACGUCAACGUAUCGAACAAGAGAUUACUGCUUUGGUUGAUACUCUUGAUAAGUCGAUUCUUAGGAAGAUGCAGGCUCAGACUCAUGAGUGUGCUGCAAAGUGCUGCUAUGAUACAGAUUCUUCAAUGGAAGCUGUCCAAAACUGCGUAGAAAGGUGCACGAAUCCGACUAAAAAGGCUCAAGGUUAUGUCCAAAGUGAGCUAGAACGUGUUCAAAAUCGUCUGCAACGAUGUGUCUUAGAGUGUAAUGACCAAGUUAAAGAUAAAAUGCCAGCAAAUCCUAAUGAGGAUCAAAUUGCUAAGCAUUCAAGAGAUUUUGAAAGAUGUGCAAUUAAAUGUGUUGAUUCUAGCUUGUCUACACUUCCUGGAUUAUUCAAAACAAUGAAAUCAGUGCUGUCAAGGGGUGAAAUUCCUGAAUAGAUCUGUAUUAAUAAGAUUUAACAGUCAGAA